UGCCAUAAACUUUAACCAUCCCAGUCAACAAUGCUAUAAACUCUAGAGAUUCUAGCUGGCCUUUGUGUUCCUUGCCUUUUCACCAAACAGAAGUGUUUUUCCUGCUGUCAGCCUCUUGACUUACACAAUGCCUGCUGAUUACAAUGGGACUUGGGAAAUGGAAAGCAAUGAGAACUUUGAAGGCUACAUGAAAGCUUUAGACAUAGAUAUUAUCACCCGUAAGGUUGCUGUGCACCUCAAGCAGACAAAAGAAUUCAUUCAAGAUGGAAAUUCUUUCAAGACAAAGACCCUUAGCACCUUCAGGAAUUAUAACCUAGAUUAUGUAGUGGGAGAAGAAUUUGAAGAACAUACCAAGGGACUGGAUGACAGAGUUGUAAAGACACUAAUAACCUGGGAUGGUGAUAAAUUGAUUGCAGUCCAGAAAGGUGAAAAGCCAAACAGGGGCUGGAAACACUGGAUUGAAGGAGAUAAGCUAUACUUGGAGCUCACAUGUGGAGAUCAAGUCUGCCUCCAGAUUUUUAAGAAGAAAAACUAAACCAAGCAGAAGAUCAUCUUGUGAUUCCUUGACAAUGGCUAUUUUUCUACUCAUUUGUAAAAAAAUUAAUUUGUGUGUAUUAUAUAGAAUAUUUGUACUUUUUUAUUUGACACCGAAUGCAAACGCUGUACAGCAGUAUAUUCUGAAACUGUGUUGAACUGUCAAAUGCAACUAAGAAUAGUUAUGAUAUCAUAAUAAAUUAAUGUACAGCACAAUAAAAUACAUAUUUCAAAAUCU